CCAGGCCACUUCAUCCGGUGGACCAGAAUCUCUCACAAUGUUGCUAUAUCCUACUGACACCCAAUAUGGCCCAAUAUGUUCUAGAACAUAUUCGUCAACAGCAUACAUUUGCAGGCCAUUAUUGAUAACUGUUCUCUUAUUAUUCUGCGUCUCCGUGAAUAGGUCUGAUACUGAUAAGAUUCUCGAUCUAAUUCACCAAUUACGCGGUCCUUCGGUCAUAUUUCUCUGUAUCGAUGAACUGGACAGAAGGUAAUCUCGCCCGCCACUCUCGCGGUAGGCAGGCCAAAGAAGUCAUCCUCCGCCAGAAAGAGUACUUCGCGAAGGCUCGUGCCGGCCUCCUUCCCAGUGCAUCCAGGAAGAGUCCACCGUCUACGUCGAUAUCAUUUCUUCGUCAGAAUUCUUCCUUUUCACCUCAUCAUUCUCGCCUUUCUCAGAACCCGAGGUCUCUGCAAACAAAGAUAUUGACCGGCGCAGGCCAAGACGACACCUCGACCAGGAAGCGUUCUCGUGAUCCUCCUAGCCCCGGGAAUGAUGUGGCUAGCCUGCCUGUUCUUAGCCAUUAUUUCGCGGCCAGUCCCGAUGGAAAGCAAGCAGCAUCGUCUACCAUUCCCCUUGACAGAGAUGCACUACACGAAAAGCGGAGAAAGUUGCUGCUGAAAGGAGACUGGGUUGGAAUUGGCAUGCAAAAGCCCAUCCCAGUCAAGUUCUCCAGCAAACACUCGGAGAGUCGAAAAUGGAGCAGACAUCACAGGUCCGCCCAUUCAAAAACUCGCCACCUCCUUGGGUCGAGAUACGAUCAGAUGAAGCUCAAGCAUGAGCCAAUGCCAACCAGCACCCGAGCUCGGGAUAUCAGAAUCCAAAUAGGAAGCCAGGAAAUGCGGCUUGGGAAUCAGCCCAGCAUCAUUGAUCCGAGUCGUCUCCCCGCCAACCUCGGGACUGCCCCUGCGAACCCUGGGUUCCAUGACGCAGGCACUUUGUUGGAAUCCACUUCAAGUCUCACGGACCCUAGAGAAGGGAGGAAUGCCAGCAGCCAUCGGGUGAAUCAGAGACGCUCCUCCCUGACGACGAUCUCAGAAACGAGCAGCGAUCGCCCGCAGAAAAACACGAGCCGAAGGAAACGAAAGCCGCCUCCCAUCCUGCAUCCAGUUCCCCAGCGUUCUGUCCAUACUCGACUCCUCACUUUGACGUCGUUUAGCUCUGAUAUUGCUGACAGCAAGCUCGCACAAGUUGGCCAACCGAACGCUCCCGAUCCCUCGGGGAAAGAAGAGAACGAACUAUGGAGGCAAUGGGUCGCGCCAUCGGAGAGCCUUAGCACUACUGACUGCUCACUACCAAGAAUUCAGGAAACGACUACCGAGCCUCGAAUCAGUCCAGGCAUUAGCGAGAUAUGCAGGAACCUUCUAGCUCAGACUGAUAACCAAGAUGUUACGGCAGGUCCCCGUCGUGUCGCGUCGUCUUCCUGUAGCGAACGCGCGGUUUCAACUUACAACACUCGUGAACACCAGCCAAACUCUCUCUCACCAAUCCCUGAACAGCUAGUCAACGACUGGCUAGGUGAUCACAAUUUGGUCUCAAACCCGACCGACAAAUCAUCUCAGGUUCAGUCUGAUGUUGAUUCCCUUCAGGAGUCUCUCACCCUUCCGCAACCUUUGCUUGAGAGCGAGUAUCCAUUGCACAGUUUGGGCCAAUCCACAAGUCAUUCCGGCGAGCCAGCUCUGAGUGCAUAUGGGAAAGGGACAAACCAGUCCCGGCAUACUGAAUACCGCGAUGUGCCAGGCGAAAACAACGUGAUGGUAGCCGAGGAGAGAGAAAUCCGUUCAUACGAGCCACUGGAGCCAACACCUGUGGAGACAACACAGGCAGCUGCUGUAGAGAAAACUGCCGCGGAAGAUCCUGACGCCGUGUGGAUGAGAUUUGUUUUCUCGGACGAUGACAGCGAGAAACUCCUGACGGCAGCCUUGCAUGAAGGGCAAGGAGAACCACCUCGAGGUCUACAGCUCCCCGACGACGACGGCUCCAUCGACGAGCACCCUUUGAGGAAAUGGAGCUGUUACGUCUCUACUGUGGGCACAGUUGUUUGCGCAUCGAAUGAACCGUCUGACCUGCAUGACUGCUGGGCAAGCCACAAAGCGGCUUUUGGAUCUUCGUCGACCGAAUUGACGUCGGACCUGAAGUCUGACAAUCAGGAGGGGGAGUACAAGUCAUCAUGCGACAGUGUCAUGGUGGAUCCUGGGACUGAACUUGGGACUCCAGAGCUGCAUAACCGGAAAGAUAAGGACAGGACGACCCGGGCAACAAUGGAGCCGAGCGAGAUGAUGUCCGAGCCAGGAUCCUUUGCCGUGGAAGCCUCGCAAUCUACGGCGGAUCCGGUUGUUGGCGAGAGCUUCAGGUUCGCUCGGCCGAAACUGUUUGUUGGCAAGCUAUCCGAUCCUACAGCGGUGGAACGGCCCGCUAGAGCUAUAAACCCGGUGACCAUGACCAAGAGGAAACGAGGGAGGCCAAAGAAAAGGAACCGGGACGGAAGGGCAGACAUCAAGGGGAUCCCGGUGUAUAACGGCGAUCCAAUCGAGGAGUUCGAGGAAAGCGAGUCUGAGAUUCGAGCUGAGGCGGCGCCCUCUCUCUUCGGGGCGCUGGAGAUGGAGUGAUACUCAAUGUUGGUGAGGCCGGUUGACAAUGUCACAAGGGGCCCAGAGAAAAGUAGGGGUAACAUGCACCAAGUCGCAGCCUGUUGCAGUUGGCUUUCUCGGUUUCUAAUUACUUUUGUGUGCAUGUCCAGGCGGCGAAAUUCAACUAGACUUUGCGCUCUGCCUUAGGAGGCAGUCAAUCACUUUCACUUGAUUUUGGGACUUCAAGGGACAUCACUUGUUGCAAGUGAGCCUGCCCUCACUUGCAGAAUAGGUAGACCCCAUAUAUUCAAGUUCUAAGGAAUAUUCAACAAUUUGGACUGCUGUACGGAUCCGUAGUCAUUCCCAGGCUACAGUGUUUUAC